AUUCCAGCACAUGAAGGGAUUGAAAAAUGACAAUUGCAAUGCAUGAUAAUUUUGCCCCCAUCCCUAAUGAGGAUGAGGCAGACUCAACCAAAAGGGGGGUUGGGUUGGAGGCUGAGAUCCCACUCCUUCAUGAUGACGGUAUAGGCACAAGGUUGCGUGACUUCUCGAUCUACCACCUCCAUUACACUCCGGCGCAGCAGGUGGCGGCAGAGAGCUGCCCACAAGUAAAAAGCGCAAUGUCGUUUUGGAAAACGAGACAUCAUCCAAUCACCGUAGACCUCAGAAGUGCCGGGGUAAAAUUGGUUGCCAUGGAAGCGGAGGGCUUUGGAGAACUCCUGCAGCAGGCAGAGCAGCUUGCAGCAGAGACUGAGGCCGUGUCUGAGCUUCCUCAUGUUGAGAGGAACCUUCAGGAGAUCCAGCAGGCUGGAGAGAGGCUACGCUCCCGCACCUUAACUCGAACAUCACAAGACGCUGCUGACGUGAAAGCGUCCAUCCUCCUUGGGUCCAGAGGCCUGGACAUCUUCCACAUCUCCCAGCGUCUGGAGAGCCUGAGUGCUGCCACCACCUUUGAACCUCUAGAGCCAGUGAAGGACACUGACAUCCAGGGCUUUCUGAAGAAUGAGAGGGACAAUGCGCUGCUCUCUGCCAUCGAGGAGUCACGUCGCAGGACGUUCCUCUUGGCAGAGGAGUACCACCGCGAGUCCAUGCUGGUUCAGUGGGAGCAGGUGAAGCAGAGAGUACUGCACACCCUGUUGGGAGCAGGGGAAGAUGCUCUGGACUUCAGCCAAGACAUAGAGCCCAGCUUUGUGAGUGACGCAGGAGUUCCUGGACGGAGUGCUCUUGACAGUGUGGAGGUGGCCUAUGGACGACAGAUCUACAUUUUUAAUGAGAAGAUAGUGAAUGGACAUGUCCAGCCAAACCUGGGAGACCUCUGUGCCUCAGUGGCAGACAGCCUGGAUGACAAGAAUGUGUCGGACAUGUGGUUAAUGGUGAAGCAGAUGACAGACGUGCUGCUGGUCCCAGCCAAAGACACGCUGAAGAGCCGCACGGCCUUGGACAUGCAGAUGGCUUUCGUCACGCAGGCCCUGCAGUUCCUGCAGAACAGCUAUAAGAACUACACCAUGGUGACGGUGUUUGGGAACCUGCACCAGGCCCAGCUAGGAGGAGUCCCUGGCACCUAUCAGCUGGUGCGCAGCUUCCUCAACAUCAAACUGCCAGGGCCUCUGCCAGGCAUGCAGGAUGGUGAGGUGGAGGGUCACCCAGUCUGGGCUCUGAUCUACUACUGCCUGCGCUGUGGGGACCUGGGGGCUGCCAUGCAGGUGGUGAACCGGGCUCAGCACCAGCUGGGAGACUUCAAGACCUGGUUCCAGGAGUACAUGAACAGCCCUGACAGACGCCUGGCCCCCGCCACAGAGAACAAGCUGCGUCUCCACUACCGCAGAGUGCUGAGGAACUGUGCUGACCCCUACAAGAGGGCCGUCUACUGCCUCAUCGGGAAGUGUGACAUCGCAGACAACCAUGGAGAGGUGGCCGACAAGACCGAGGACUACCUGUGGCUUAAGCUCAACCAGGUGUGCUUCGAUGACGACGGCAGCAGUGCUCCUCAGGAUAGACUGACAUUGGCCCAGCUACAGAAACAGCUUCUAGAGGACUACGGAGAGUCCCACUUCUCAGCCAGCCAACAGCCGUUCCUGUACUUCCAGGUGCUGUUCCUCACGGCCCAGUUUGAGGCUGCUGUGGCCUUCCUGUUCCGGGUGGAGCGUCUACGCAGUCAUGCAGUUCACGUGGCUCUGGUUCUCUACGAGCUACGGCUGCUGCUCAAGUCAUCAGGGCAGAGCGCACAACUGUUGAGUCAGGAAGCUGGGGACCCCCCUAUGGUGCGUCGGCUCAACUUCAUCCGGCUGCUCAUGCUCUACACGCGCAAGUUUGAGUCCACAGACCCCCGGGAGGCUCUACAGUACUUCUACUUCCUACGGAAUGAAAAAAACAACCAAGGAGAGAACAUGUUCAUGUGCUGUGUUAGCGAGCUGGUGAUUGAGAGUCGAGAGUUUGACAUGCUUCUAGGAAGACUGGAAAAAGAUGGCAGCAGAAAGCCUGGAGUGAUUGAUAAAUUUGCCGGAGACACUCGAGCCAUUAUCACAAAAGUGGCGCUGGAGGCUGAGAACAAGGGCCUGUUUGAGGAAGCAGUAAGACUGUAUGAGCUGGCCAAGAAUCCAGACAAGGUCUUAGAGCUGAUGAACAGGCUGCUGAGUCCUGUUAUCGCCCAAGUCAGCGCUGCCCAGUCCAACAAGGAGAGACUGAAGAACACUGCUGUUGCCAUCGCUGAGCGGUACCGGACCCAGGGUGUUGCUGGAGAGAAGUCUGCAGACAGCACCUUCUACCUGCUGCUGGACCUCAUGACCUUCUUUGAUGAGUACCAUGCUGGAAACAUAGACCGGGCCUACGAUGUGAUGGAGAGACUGAAGCUGGUCCCUCUGAGUCAAGACAGUGUGGAGGAAAGGGUUGCUGCAUUUCGCAAUUUCAGUGAUGAGGUCAGGCAUAAUCUGUCGGAGGUACUCCUGGCCACCAUGAAUAUCCUGUUCACGCAGUGCAAGCGCCUGAAGGGGGCCGCAGCAGGAACCCCAGGUCGACCACAGAGGUCCAUCGAGGACAGAGACUCGCAGCUGCGCAGCCAAGCCCGUGCACUGAUCACGUUUGCUGGGAUUAUCCCGUACCGCAUGGCAGGCGACACCAAUGCCCGGCUGGUGCAGAUGGAGGUCCUGAUGAACUGACCCCAAAAUACCUUCAAGCCCCAGCCAUACCCACCCUUUUCAUCAACUGUCAGAUUUUGUUUUGCUUCGUCCCCAUUUUAUGUUUCUUUGUCCUUAUUUGUUGCUCCAUAUUUGUAUUUUUUUUUCCAAAAAUUCAAUAAAAUGUCAGUUAAAUUUAA